AUGGAGCCUGGUGACGCGGCGCGCCUCGGCCCGGGACGGGCGGCCCGGGCGCUGCCACCGCGGCUGCUGCUGCUGCCGCUGCUGCCACUGCUGCUGGGUCGGGGGCUGCGCGCCGCGGCCUCGGCCUCCACUGGGGCGGCGGCCGACGACAGCAGCGCCAUGGAGGAGCUCGCCACUGAGAAGGAGGCGGAGGAGAGCCACCGGCAAGACAGCGUGAGCCUGCUCACCUUCAUCCUGCUGCUCACGCUCACCAUCCUCACCAUCUGGCUCUUCAAGCACCGCCGGGUGCGCUUUCUGCACGAGACCGGGCUGGCCAUGAUCUACGGGCUCAUCGUUGGGGUGAUCCUGAGGUACGGCACCCCUGCCACCAGUGGUCAUGACAAGUCGCUCAGCUGUACCCAGGAAGACAGGGCCUUCAGCACCUUAUUGGUGAAUGUCAGUGGGAAGUUCUUCGAAUACACCCUGAAAGGAGAAAUCAGCCCUGGCAAGAUCAACAGUGUGGAGCAGAAUGACAUGCUGAGGAAGGUAACAUUUGAUCCAGAGGUCUUCUUCAACAUCCUUCUGCCUCCAAUUAUUUUCCAUGCUGGCUACAGUUUAAAGAAGAGACACUUUUUCAGAAAUCUCGGGUCUAUUCUGGCUUAUGCUUUCUUGGGGACUGCUGUUUCCUGCUUCAUUAUUGGAAAUCUUAUGUAUGGCGUGGUGAAGCUCAUGAAGAUUGUGGGACAGCUCUCGGAUAAAUUUUACUACACAGAUUGUCUCUUUUUUGGAGCAAUUAUCUCGGCCACUGACCCAGUGACCGUACUGGCAAUAUUUAACGAACUGCAUGCAGAUGUGGACCUUUAUGCACUUCUGUUUGGAGAAAGUGUCCUAAAUGAUGCUGUUGCCAUUGUCCUGUCCUCGUCUAUAGUUGCCUACCAGCCAGCAGGGCUGAACACUCAUGCCUUUGAUGCUGCUGCCUUUUUUAAAUCAGUGGGCAUUUUUCUAGGUAUAUUUAGUGGCUCUUUUACCAUGGGAGCCGUGACAGGCGUUGUGACUGCUCUGGUGACCAAGUUUACCAAGCUGCACUGCUUCCCCCUGCUGGAGACCGCACUUUUCUUCCUGAUGUCAUGGAGCACGUUCCUGUUGGCCGAAGCCUGCGGGUUUACAGGUGUUGUGGCGGUCCUUUUCUGUGGAAUCACACAGGCUCAUUACACCUACAACAAUCUGUCGGUGGAAUCAAGAAGUCGAACAAAGCAGCUCUUUGAGGUGUUACACUUUCUGGCCGAGAACUUCAUCUUCUCCUAUAUGGGCCUGGCGCUGUUUACCUUCCAGAAGCAUGUUUUCAGCCCCGUUUUCAUCAUUGGAGCUUUUGUUGCCAUCUUUCUGGGCAGAGCUGCACACAUCUACCCGCUCUCCUUCUUCCUCAACUUGGGCAGAAGGCAUAAGAUUGGCUGGAACUUUCAACACAUGAUGAUGUUUUCAGGCCUCAGGGGGGCAAUGGCAUUUGCACUGGCCAUCCGAGACACAGCAUCCUAUGCUCGCCAGAUGAUGUUCACGACCACCCUCCUCAUCGUCUUCUUCACCGUCUGGGUCAUUGGCGGAGGCACAACACCCAUGUUGUCAUGGCUUAACAUAAGAGUUGGCGUCGAGGAGCCCUCCGAAGAGGACCAGAAUGAACACCGCUGGCAGUACUUCAGAGUUGGCGUCGACCCAGAUCAAGACCCACCACCCAACAAUGACAGCUUUCAAGUCUUACAAGGGGAUGGACCAGAUUCUGCCAGAGGAAACCGGACAAAGCAGGAGAGUGCGUGGCUCUUCCGGCUGUGGUACAGCUUUGACCAUAAUUACUUGAAGCCCAUCCUCACACACAGUGGCCCCCCAUUAACUACCACGCUCCCAGCCUGGUGUGGCCUGCUUGCUCGGUGUCUGACCAGUCCUCAGGUGUAUGACAACCAAGAGCCGCUGAGAGAGGAAGACUCGGAUUUCAUCCUGACCGAGGGCGACCUCACCCUGACCUACGGGGGGGACAGCACAGUGACUGCAAAUGGCUCCUCAGGCUCCCACACGGCCUCCACAAGCCUCGAGGGCAGUCGGAGAACAAAGAGCAGCUCCGAGGAGGUGCUGGACCGAGCCCUGGGAAUGGGAGACCAGCCGGUGUCUAGCCGGGGCACGCGCCUGGUGUUCCCCCUGGAGGACAACGCGUGACUCUCCCCUCAGGGCCUGCAGCGAUGGGGCGACCCACACGUGCAGUGAGGAGGCCGCAAGCCCCACGGUUGUUUGAGAUGGGGCACUGACUGAGUGGAACUUGAUGCUUCUAUCUUCCUGAGGUCUGAAGCUAUCUUAACAUUUAAAAUUUAACCCAAGAUGCAGAUGGUGGGGCUUUUAUGUCUCUAACUCAAGACAAAUGCAGACCUAAUUCCUACUUUUUCACAUAGUAGUGUGCUGUUCAGAGUCAAACAAACAAAUAGCAUGCUUUAAUGGUCUAACUCAUUCACCUGCAGUAUCUGAGCAAGGUGUGGCAGGCAUGGGGAGUCCUCCCAGGAGAGGCUUCCAAUUGAUACACAGCAGUGCCAGCUCAGCUGGCUGCAGGAAUAGCAAGGCAGGGAAGAGCAGGCUGGAAGAACGAUCAAGAAGGAGGCAGCUGAGAUUGGACCUCCAAAGAUCAUGGGAAGCCCGUGGUCAAUGGGACAGAACUCACGAAGAUGCAAUUUGAGCGGAGGCCCUAGCACAGAGGAUGGUAGGACCGCGAUCUCAUUUCAGGCUUCUGGACCCCUUUCGCCACCUGGAUUUCCAGGAGGCUGAAGAUUGGAACUAUAUCCGUGAACAUUUCAACAUGGGGAAAGAAUUAGCAUUCCUUCUCUGGAAAUCUCCAGAAAGAAGUAGCUACUGAAAUGUUUAAAACCAAAGGCAAAAGCGUGUUAUGCUGUUGGGCUUUUAAAAUUAAUCUGAGGACAGGAGAAACUGUUUAGAAACUAAUGGCAAAAAUCAGUCAAUUCUUCAGGCUACCACAUGAGUGAGCUGCCUGGCAAUCGAUUCAUAGGACUGAGAUUUCUACUGUGGGUUUAGGAAUAACACCAAGAUUUGUGGGAUGCCUCUAUCGGGAUGAGAGAGCAGCAAGGAGCCUAGGAGGCAAUAGGCUAGUAUCCAGAGGGGGAAAAACACCACACUGCAAAAAAUAUUGACUGCAAAACACAAAAUACAAGCUCCUGUUCUAAGGACCGAGUAGAAUUCCAAACUUUGAUACUAAAUGCAUGGGAUUUCAGUGGCCAUGUGAGGAAUGAGAGGCAAGUCAAUGGAAAAUUAAGCGUUAUUCAAUCCCGUGGAAGGUUCCGCCUACUGUAAGAUUAAGAAUCCAGAUGUCUUAACACUGAGUGCCAUGUAGAGAAGGGUCAUUUUCUUGGUAUCUGGGGAGGCUCGCACCAGCUUAAUGUGUGAGCAUGGUUUGAAAUUUAGGUUUUUAGUUUGGCUUCUUUGUGGGUGAACUGUACUACCUGCCCACACCUGGGGCCUCCCAGGUAAAAUACUGAGGGAGCCCUUAGAAACCAAGUUUGGGAUUCUCCCUGUGUCUCUGCUUCAGUGCUGGUAUAUGUGAAAACCCAAUCUAUAAAAAAAUUGCUUUCAUAAAAUGUGGGCAUUUUUCUUAUUGUGGCAGACAAAAUUGUGGCCCAGUCGAGUGCUUCCAUAAAUGAAACCAGCCAUUUAAUCUUCUUAACUCGCAUUUUUAAUGGUUAAUAUUUAGAUAAGACAUUAUUAUACUUUGCUUUUUGAAUUGAUGAUUUGUGCAAAAUGGCAAAUAUUAUUAAGUUCAGCCAUAUGAAAUUGCUGAUAUUUAACCAUUUUUGAAAAAAUAGAAAUGGCAAUUUCAUAUGGUUUGAUAUGAUAUAAUUAAAUGAUUUGUAGUCCCCUCUUUCCUUUCUAUGUAUCCUAAAGUCCAUUUUUAUUUUAUCAUGGGCAUCCAUGGGCUUUGUAAGCUUGAAAAGUGAGCUAAACAACAUAUCUCACCCUGUAAGGCUCAGAAUUACCUAGGCUAGUCAGGGACUUGAGAAAAUCUCUGAGCCCAAGCCAGAGAAACAGCUUUUUUAGAGAGCCCCUGGAUAGGAGGUAGUCAUGUCGUGGGGUCAGAGUGCAGAGAGCGACUCCCAGGCUUGGGAGAAGGCUGGAGAUGUGCACAUGUGCCUAUGCCCAGAACCCGCAUAGGCUUUAUUCAGUACAGUUACCUCAGUAAUGACCAGUCAUGCCUGUAAACUUGAAAGGUGAGGCGUGUGUGUGUGUGUGUGUGUGUGUGUGAUUUGCAGAGAUGGAGGGAUAGGCUGGUCAGCUCUUUGGUUGGGUCUUUAUAAAACCUUGUUUCUCUCUUGUGUUGCUUACUUAUUUAAUUUUGGAGGGAAAAAGCUAACAGAAAAACCCUGAUAGGGUUCUUGAAAAAGAGCCAACCAGGUAGGACCCAUCCUCUUCUCAUUAAAGUCUAGGCUUUGUUGGCAUUUUGGCUUUCCAAGAAGCUUUUGUCAAAUUUAUAAGAAAUACCCUCGUGAGGGGGGGAAAUAACCAGAGUUCUCCAUCCUAGUCCUAAAUCAAUACAUAGAUUGUUGUGUUUUCACCAAAAGGGUCUUGUAGUCUUGACUCCAAACGUUUUAUUCGGACCUACUUAAAUCUAAGUAAAUGGAGAUUUGCCAAGAUCACAAUUUUGCUAGGGUUGUAGUUAUUUGGUUGGAUUUUUUACUCAGUGGAUAGGAGUAAGUCACUGACAUAUGAUCCUAAUUUUUGUUUCCAAGAUAUGAAGAAUAAUCCUGACCUUACCAGAGAUGCUAGGAAAUGAGUCCAUUCAUCAAAAUAUUUCCAUCUCUAGAAGCUUUAUACCUUUGCUGAAUGGGGAAAAGUAGGUGCCAUGAAGCCCCCAAACCAUCUAACUCAAGGCCAACUGUCUGCUGCCAAUCUGGCAUAAAUCCGAUUGAAACUGCUGAGUGCCUCAGAUUUAACAUCUUAUAAACAUAUAUGUUCUGGGUUGGAGGGGUGGAUUUUGGUUCAGCAGAGCUAGCUGUUCUAGAGGACAAGUCCUCAAUCCUGGCUGUGCAUUAGGAUUGCCUGGCUGGUUUUUUUUUGUUUUGUUUUUUUUUUUUUUAAUUUAUUUUUUAUUGGUGUUCAAUUUACUAACAUACAGAAUAACCCCCAGUGCCCGUCACCCAUUCACUCCCACCCCCCGCCCUCCUCCCCUUCUACCACCCCUAGUUGGUUUUUAAAAAAUACCAGUGUAAGGGCCCAAUGUUCAGAGCUUCACAUUCAGUAGGUUUAGAGUAGGGCCUGGCUUCAGUGCUUUAUUGAGGAUCUUCAGGGAUUCUAGUGUGCAGCCAGGGUCAGGAGGCUUUUAGUCCACAACCUGGAGUGGACCCUAUUUGGAACCUUGAAGAAUAGCCUAGCAAAUUAAGUUUCCUUUAAUCAUUAGUCCUGUGGAACAAUCUGAGUGAUGACCAAUUAAUAUAGAUUGGACAGCUGUGAAAGAGUUUCAUGCAAAUAAUCUUUGCAGAACUCCAGAACAUACUCCAUAAAGGACAACUGAAAAUGUCACACUUGAACCACCUUAGUGCAUAAAAGGGAGAGAAGGGUGACUUGAGUGGAUGUGUUGGGUGGGUGAGUGGGGAUUGAAAACCUGUCCUCUUGGCCGCUUAAAAGAAAGAGGCUUGGUCUUAACUGAGCAGCUAUCAAGUGUGAAGGUUUUGGAGAAGCUUGUCAUUUUAACAUAACCCAGGAUGAAAUGGAGUCCCCUUUGCAAUUCAAGUCAGCUUUCUUUCUCAUCACACGUAGCUUGUCCCCAGGUCUGAAUCCCUGCUGGGCUCCGGAGGAUGGGGGUGGGCCCAUGUAACACCUGAGUGGAGGCCCCAGGUGAGUGGAAGCUUGUGACCACUUCCAGGUCACAAGGCAGCAGUGUUGGUAAACUUCCAGAUAGGGCCAGCAGAGGGGAGGGACAGACUCCAGCCAUUCCUCUUAAUACUCUCUUUUGGGACUACAAGGAGACCUGAACCUUGUCUCUUCGAGAAGGAAAUCUGCACUUUAGAUGAGGCUGCAAAAAUAGGAAGAAGGCAUGUGUGAUUAAAUGGACUCUGCCCAUCCGAGGUACUCACUGGGGCAGCUGAACAAGCAACUUGAUGCCCUGCAGCCAGGUCUCACACUGCGACAGCAAAUGUUUCAUCAGGCAAACAGCAAGGAACUUUCAGGCUGUGUUCUUGAGACCUGAAAAUGUCCUCUGUGGUUUGGUGAACAAAUUAAGUCUCUUUAGAAAACGUGAAAAACGUUCUCUCAGCUGUCCAUGAACAUUUCAGUCUAGGGCAAUUUCCUUCCAAAAUAGAGGGCUGUUUCAUGACACACACAUGCCCUCCUGUCCAGUUAUCUCUCUUUCUUUGCGGGGGAAGUCAAUGUCACCGUGUCAGAUACCUUAAUACGAGCAGAACAAUUUCUUUUAUAAAAAAGAUUUUAUUUGAGAAAGAGAAAGCAAGAGACAGUACAGGCAGGGAGAAGGGAGAAGCAGGCUCCCCGCUGAGUAGGGAGCCCAAAGAGGGGCUCAAUCCCAGGACCCUGGGACCCUGAGACAGACACUUAACCAACUGAGUCACCCAGGUGUCCCUGAACAGAACAAUUUCUAAAUGUAGAAACACCAGUGAUGCACUGGUGGUGAGGCCACUGAGCCACUCAACGGAUGAGAGAAUCAUCCUCUUGAACACCUAGCUGGGUACCCAUGGUGAGUUCUUUUUUUUUCCCCUGGUGAGUUCUAAGAGGCAUAUCACAAAGCUGAUUUUCCCGUCUGUUGUAAGAUGUAAUCUGGAACAAGGGCUUCUGGAAAGUCAGCUUGCUGAUUCAAUAAUAAUGUGACUUCUUAUUCCACUUCGGCAACAGGGAACUUGGCAGGUCUCAUGCACGCCUCUUGAUGUUGAUGCUGCAGAUGAGUUAGUGUAGGAGUGAGCCUGUCACAUGCAUUCAAGUGGUAUCACUGAGUUCUGAUCUCUUAUGUUGGUCUUCAAGUGAAACUCUGGCCUACCAGUGUGAGAUGCUGUACUCUGCUACAGGAAGCUGAAGGAAGUCUAGUGGCCAAGAGUUAGCAACAACCCGUCUGAAUGCUGCUUUCACUCUGGCACCUGAAGAGAAUUUCCACCUUUCUUAGACCCUAAUAAGGACAAUAUACAGAGAAAUGCUCCAGAAAGCAAUGCUAGUCUCUAACAAGGAAAAACAAGUAGGUUCUUUGACAAUCUUUUCAAAACCAGACCUGGAAAUAAAACCCUUUUCCCAGUUUCAAUUUUUCUAAGUAGAGCUUUCUUUUUUCUUAACUAACAAACGUGUCACCUAGCAUGAGCAGAAAUUGUAAUGAACAAAACCAAAGUUUUUGAUGUUAGUUUUAUUUUUGUAAGCAGGGUAGAACCACAGCCCACAUGGAACACGUAGGCAGCCAGUCGUCUGCCACAUGAGCCUGGGAGAGGAUGAGAAGGAAGGUCUUCCUGUCCUGCCGCAUUUUGAAAAGCCCUGAGAGGCACAUGGAGACCCAAGAGAGGCUGCCUUCUAUUCAGGUGGCUGCCUUCUAAAAACGAUUAGCAGAAUUGCCAAAAUGUUAGGGUCAGUGGAAAAUUGCAGGGCCUGUGUAUGUUGAGGAAUUCAGAAAGAGGCUUGUAAACACCACAGAGCCCAGCACUUGCUGUCUGAAGCACUGAAAGAAGUGAAGACCCCCGUGCUACUGGGUGACGGUCCAACUGCCUGGACAUUUGGGGUGCACUUCAGUUGCGAUGAUGCCAGUCAUGGGCUUUGGGGAAGCAGAGGAAUGACUUCCCGUUGUGUGGGUGUUAAGUCUGUGGAUUUGGAAUGUAUCACUGAAAUCACUCGUUCGAAGAGUGACUUCACAGUAGGACCACCUCCUCCUAGGUUGUCUUAUCAUUUUUUUACAUAAAACACACCUGGUCCUUCUUACUUAGGCAGUUUCACUGUGUCCGAUAAAAUGAUUAAAUGGGAAGGCCACCAAGAUUCAUUUAAUAGCCGAAGAGCAGUUUUUAAAAAUAGUAUAGGAUGAAUUUAACGUGAGAUGACAUGACCUUCCGGGGAACUUUUUAAGAGCUUACACAAUGUAAUUGGGGAGAAUUUUGUCUUCUAUUUCCAUUCAUCAGUAGCAAACCAGUGGUCUUACAAAGAUUAAUGUUAUAGUAUGUUAUAGAAAUAAACAUGAUAUAUGAAAUAAAAGUAUGUUUAACUGUGAAAAAGUGAAGACUUGGAGUUAUCAGUAACCUUUAUGUGCACUAAGGAAAACUGCAGGUAGGCCCCCAAAGUGCUACCUUUCCCUAGCAUUUUAUUUACUGUUUGCCUUUGUGUAUAUGUUUUGAUUGAUAUUGUAAAGCUAGCUACAUGUUUUCCUGCCAUUGACCUAUAUUUAACACAUUUUUCUCCAAGCUUUUUUUUUUUUUUUUUUUUACAAAACUCAAAAUAAAAAGAUUAACUGGCUGAGCUAAUCUUCUUUUGCAUUUUAAACAUAUCGUCUGUUAGUAGAAGAAUGCACUGUGAUCCUUUUCUUGGUGUUUUCUUUCCCUCACUGAGAGGUUCUUUUCUGAGUGGAACCUAUUUCUCUCUAGCUCCCUUAGACUGACAAAUUAAGGCUAGCUAGCCCCUCGGAUCCGGAUCCGGCUCACCAUCUAUUUUUGUAAAUAAAGUUUUAUUGGACUA